UUUUAAUCAAAAUAAUAAAUGAAACCUCAUGCUUAUGAUGUAAUGCCUGCUCCAGUAAACAAGCAUGUGGAACAAGUUCUUCAUAAGGCACAUAAAUCAAUUAAAAUGAAGUCAGCCCUUUCUGGACAUGAAGGCCCUGUGUUUGUAGUAAGAAAAUGCCAUACUAAGGAAUAUUGCUUGUCUGGAGCUUCUGAUAGACAAAUUAAACUAUGGAAUAUUACUACUGGAAGUUGACUCAAAACAUACGAGAAGGGACACAAUCAUGAAGUAUUUGAUAUUGCUGUUUGUGAUGAUAAUAAGCAAUUUGUAUCCUGAGGAGGAGACAAACCAAUAAUAUUAUGGGACGUAUUCACAGCCAACAUUAUUCGUAAAUUUAUGGGUCAUGAUCAACAAGUCAAUUGAUUAUGCUACAACAAGUUCUAUAAUGUUUUAGUGUCAGGAUCUUAUGAUUCAACUUGUAAAAUAUGGGAUUUGGAAGCAAGAAAUUCCAGACCAAUCCAAACAUUAUUUGAUUUCCAAGAUUCAGUCACUAACGUGUGAGUGACCUCAGACCAGAUAAUUUGUGGUUCAGUAGAUGAAAAUCUUAGAAUUUACGAUAUUAGAUUUGGAAAAUUAAAAACUCAUAAUGUGGGGGCUCCAAUAAAUGGUCUUUAUGCAUGAGGAGAUGACGAUUAUGUAUUCUGUACAACCACAGAUAAUAAAAUUAUCUUAUACGAUAAGGCAGAGGAGAAAAUAAUUUCUGAGUAUUCAGGUGACCAUGAAACCUCUGAAUUCAAUGCAAGUGUUAGGGUUACAUCUGAUAAUUCUUCAGUUGUGACGACUAGCGAAGAUGGAGCAAUUGUCUUCUAUGAUUUAGUGACGAAGAAAAUGGUGAAUAAGGUAUUUGGCCAUGAAAAACCCAUAGUCAGCAUGGAUAUCAUAAAUGGGACAAAGGAUGGAUCAGAAGAAGUAAUGGUAACAGGAUCUUUGGAUGGAACUGUUGGAGUAUGGUCAACCUAAAUUGCAAUUAAAGUAAUUGUUGACAAUUAUAAAACUCAAUUGAC